GAUACGUCAGGAAAGGUUCUGAAUGAUAUAGAAACGGAAAGUGAAAGUAGGAGCGGGGGAGGCAACCAACGUCAACAACAACUCGAACCUGCAACUUGAGAAGAUGAAGGUAGCUGAAUUCAUUGGUCUCCAGUUCUUUGAGUCCAUGUACCUGUUUGUCUUGUUCUGUAUCCCUAUAGUGGUAGCCCAGAAGUACAUAGGCACCAUAGUGCUGACAAUACUAAUUCUGCUGGCUGUAUCAACUUUUCUGAGAAAAUUAUUGUACAAGCCUAUUGAAAUUAAGGGGCAGGGAGUGCUCAUCACAGGUUGUGACACAGGGUUUGGUAAUGCCAUUGCCAAUAGAUUUGAUGCCAUGGGAUUCACUGUUUUUGCUGGCUGUUUGAAUCCUGAAUGUGAGGGAGCCAAACGCCUUAAGGAAAGUACCACAGGACAAAUGCAUAUUCUGAAGAUGGAUAUCACAGAUGAUGCUGAUGUGAGGUCAGCUCUGGAGUAUGUGACUAAGACAGACCAGGCUACUGGGUGUGGUUUGUGGGCAUUAGUCAACAAUGCGGGAGUCAAUUUCCUUGGAGACAUUGACUUUUGUACAAUGGAAAUGUACCACAGAAUUAUGAAUGUUAACUUAUUUGGAAUGGUCAGGACCACAAAAGCCUUCCUACCACUUCUCAGGAAGAGCAAAGGUCGUGUGGUAAAUGUUACCAGUGUUAGAGGGCGCUGUGUGUUUCCUGUGGCUUCAGCUUACACCAUGGCUAAGUUUGCAGGAGAAGCCUUCUCUGAUGGGCUGAGACUUGAGAUGAGGAAGUUUGGGAUGAAAGUGGUGCUUGUGGAGCCAGGAAACUUUGGAGGGGCAACUGGAAUGUUGAAUGAAAAAUCUUUAGCUAUAAUGAAGAGAGAUUUUAACACCAUGUGGACUGAGGCAGGAGAGGAGGUGAGGGAAACCUACGGUAAGGAGUACCUGGACCGUCUGUUUGAGGGAGCCAAGGGGACCUCCAGUACGUCAUACCCCACGCUGGGCCCCGUCUUAGAUGCCCUCGAGGAUGCCGUCAUCAACCAGAGCCCCAGAAUCCGCUACUUAGUGGAUGGAGGAAAUGGCCUAUUUGAUGUAUUCUGUAUGUUGGCGCGCCUGAAUUCGUUUUUACCAGAGGUUGUGAUGGACUGGAUGGUGUCUAGGCUGUUAUCUCGGGAACUCCCUCCCCUGAAAUCUGAACAAAAAUAGAAACAGAACGUCCAGAAAACGACUGAAAAACUUACAGCGAAUUGACAUCUUCUUUCAUUUUAAACACUAGAAUUUAAUGAAGAAAAUGUCAUUUUCUGAUCAUUUCAAUUUAUACAAGUAUCAGGUCUCUUUUUGACAAUCAGUCUUUUUUUUCACAGUUAGUGAACUUAAAUUAAAACAUGUAUCAGUACUUUGUCAUACAAUUUGUCUUCAAAAGUUAUAUAAGGAUUGGAAUUUAGUUUAACAUUUGUUAAGGACCACCUUGGUGUAAACUUUUAAUCACCUGUUUAUAAAAUAUUAUGGUAUGGCAAUCAUGUCCAUCCAUCUGUCUGACUUUCAAUCUGUAAGCUUAAUUUAAAAAAGUUUAAUCUGCUAUUACAUAAUAUAUUUUUUUCAUUUCUCAACAACCAAAUGCCGAGUAUCAUGUCUCAAUCAUUAUGAUGAAGGAUGCUGUUGUAUGGUUGCAUUUCCUUGAAAAACUGUAGAGAAAUCAACAAGAAUGCUUUUGUUAUAGCAUAUUCGUAAUACAUGUACAUAUACCAGGUACCAGUAGUUAUUUUCAUCUCCACUUAUGCAGUUAGAUUGUUAAGAUUAAGAAUUUUAACUGCACUGUAAGUUAUUGAAAAUAUUACAAUACAUACAUGGCAAUAUAUUUAAAAUUAUAACUACAAUUAUAAAUAGUUACAGCAUAGAAAAUGUACAUCAAAUAUAAGAAAUGAAGAAAUUGACAUCAAUUUACUAAGGUUUACAUCACUUAACAUGAUUUUCAUAUAUAAUUGCUUAUGAUAAAAAAGCAGUAAUAAUUGGGUGUUUUAUGUGUUGUGGCAGUGCUUUUUAUUUAUAUCUUUUAAAAUGUUCUCUUUUUUUCUUACCAAGUUGUGAACUUAGAAAUAAGAUGUGGGCAGGGUACUGCAAUGUUCAAAGUCAACUAUUUUUAUAUUCAAAGCAUAGUUAAAGGUCAUGUGCAAUAUUUUUAAAUCAAUUUCAGUUUUCAUUCACUGUACUAUUUAAGCUUUAUUGUGCCAAAGAUAUCUUAUUACUAUGACAUAAUCCUUCAUUUUGUGGUUGAUUACCGAGUCUUGUAAUGUGUCGCGGGGUUUUCACAUGCAAGCAUCAAUGACGUAAGACACCACCUCACGCCUUCCUUAUAGCAGUAUUUUUAAUAGUCACAAAAUACACUUAGGAAUAUUUAGGAAAUAAUCCACCGGUACUGGAAGUAUUCCAAUUAAGUGAAUCUUCAAAAGCGAGACAAGUUGAAGAAGUGUGAUACAAGUUUUACUGUAGUUUAAACUGCAUGUGUAUAUUGUUCAAUUGCCUAUUAAAGUAUAUGAUGCAAGAAA